AUGACAGCUGAAAAUGAUGAGAUACUGGAAAAUAUUUUUGAAGAAAUAUUUUGUGUAUUUUCAGCAAAUCAGCACAAGGCCGCCUUGGAGAAGACAGUUCUGCGUUCCCAGGAACCCAUGAAGAAAAUCGGACUGGUCAAACUGUCCAAGGAUGACGAGCUCCUUAAGACUGCCUACCACCUCGCCAAGCGGGAGCUCCCCAAGGAGGAAUUUCAGUACCAACUCCAGCUUGCCGGGGCCAUAGGUGCUGAUCUUGGCCAUCUCAUGAAUGGGCCCUCACCCUCUUACACAUCAAACAAGAGUGUAACUGAGUUACAAGAUGCCAUCAGUGAUAUCAUACUUGAGGACAAAAUUAAGUGCAUUAAGAACUCUGGAGUAUUUUCAUUGGUGCUUGAUGAAAGUACUGACAAUAGCAAUCGAAAGAGACUGAUUGUGUAUGCACAGUCUAUCAGUGAUAACGGAUUAGAUUAUACUUUCAUUGCAAACAAGCAAAUUUCUUCUGGCAUUGCGAAUGCAAUUAACAUUGUUAAAUUGGUUGUUGAAGAACUCAUUUUCAAAGGCAUCGACAUCAAGAACAUGGUUGGAAUUAGCACUGAUGGUGCAAGUGUGAUGACGGGGAAAAAGGGUGGUGUCGUUAAAAUUCUGAGAGACUAUUCACCAGUCCAUGUAGGUGUCCACUGUGCUGCCAAUAGAGUUGCUCUCGCCACCAGUCAGGCUGCGAAACUCAUCCCAGAGAUGAAUGACUUCUCAAGGACGGUCACCAAUGUCUUCAGGUACUUUCACAACUCUGACCUGCGCUCGAACCGUCUACGAGACAUACAGACAGUACUGAACCUCCCCCAGUUGAAGUUUGCUGAAGUCCACUCGGUUCGCUGGCUGAGUCUUGAGGCAGCUGUGAGGGCAAUCUACAGGACCUACCCUGCUCUAGCCAUGUGCCUAGAGGCUGAUGCCACUACAGAACCUGCAGCGAAAGGCCUUCUUCAUGAGGUGUCUCAGUUCAGAUUCAUCGCACUUACUCAUCUACUUAUGGAUGUCCUUCCAUUCCUAACCCGACUGUCAUUGAAAUUUCAAUCAAAGUCCCUAGACUUCGGCACUAUGAACACUGAAGUGAGUUCCACAUGUGAAAGCCUAGAGGACUUUAUUGAAUGUGAUGGUGCUUUCACUGAUAAACUUGCAGGCUUUGUGAAGGAAGUCGAUGGCAAGACCUUUUACGACAGACCAGUGUGUGAGUCAGAGAGCGGGAAUGUGCUGGACACUAUACAGUGCAACGUCAUCUUUGAUGGAUUUGAUCCUGUCGAGGAGCCUGAGGAGGAACCGGAGGAGAUACUGGAGGGCCAGGAUGAGGCAGGAUUCAAGCCGAAGCUAAGAUACUUCACACAACAGAAAGGACUGUUAGGGAGACUGGGGCCACAGUAUAUAUCCAGGGUUGUCGAGAAUGUGCGGGACCGUUUCCAGGACAUACCGAUUGUGGAUAGUAUGAGUCUUUUGGUGCCAACCAAUAUUGCCAGUUCUGUGUCAAUCGCCAAGUAUGGAUUGGUCCAGUUUAAGUGCCUUGCUGAACACUUUAAACCGUUCAUAGGUAGUCCUGAGAUGUGCUUGUCUGAGUUCUCUGAGUACAAGAGACAAGUGGCCAAGGCCUACACUACACUUGGACUGCUGGAUAUUACGCAAGUGUGUAUGUGUAAGUUUGCCAGCCAACUACCUAACAUUGUAAUCAUCCUGAAGUGCUGUGCAGUUGUCCCCAUGAGUAGUGUGCAGUGUAAGCGAGGGUUCUCCACGCAGAAUCGCAUAAUGACAAGACUUCGAACCUCGCUCAAUAACAAGAACCUGGACACUCUGAUGAGAAUCAGGGAGGAUGGACCACCCCUAAAUCAGGUCGAUUUCAAUAGAGCCCUACUGAAGUGGAAGAGUGCUAAACAAAGAAAACUAUAUCAUAUGUAG